AUGGAGGAUUUUGAUUUCCGCCUUUCACACCUUUUAGAAUGGGUCAAUUCUACGCAAAUUGGUGAACGAAAUUUGCAAAAGACGUUCAUAUCUCCCACACUCGUUGUUCGAGAUGUUGAAGACUCGGGAAGAGGAGUUUACGCCCGAGAAAGCAUCAAGCCGCAUAAUUUGAUUAUCAACGUUCCUCAUGUUUUCUUGAUGAACUCUGUUACGGUGUUGAAUCAUAUUGCUAAAUAUAACGGAAUGAAACUUGACCAUCAAAUGAGUGCUUCUGCAGAUGUGGUUCAUGAUGUCUACGCCACAAUAUAUCAAAGUUUAUCGAAAGAGGAGUUGCUUGAAUUGUCUUCAUUUCAAUUAUUAGCAAUGUAUAUAGCGAUGGAGAGGAAGCGGGAAAAGUCUUACUGGAAACCGUUCCUUGAAAUGCUACCUACAUUCGAGGAUUUUUCGUUAGUGACCUUACUCUACGAUGUUGAAACGGUAAACUUGUUACCUGAAUCAACGAGACGGAUGCACGAUAAGGUACUCAAACGUUUCGAGCAUGAUUUCAAAGUUGUAUUUGAGAUGCUCAGUCUGAAAACUGAGAAUGCUCUCUCACUUGUGUCUAGGCAAGAGUUCCUACUCUCCUGGCUCAGUGUCAACUCUCGUUGUUUAUACAUGAAGCUCCCCACCAGCAAAAACACCCAGGAUAAUUUCACAUUGGCACCUUAUAUAGAUUUCAUCAAUCAUUCUCCCGAUGAUCAUUGCAAUUUGAAAAUUGACAGCAAAGGAUUCCAAGUAUUUACGACAUCUAGCUAUGCUUCUGGUGAACAAUUAUAUUUCAGUUAUGGACCACACAGCAACGAAUUUCUUCUUACAGAGUACGGAUUUAUUGUACCCAACAACAAGUGGGAUGACAUCGAUCUAACGAAAGCAAUAUUAGCUAUAUUGAAGCCACAGCAGAUUGAAUUUUUGAAACAACAUCACUAUUUUGGAAAUUACACCGUUAAUCGAGAAGGGUUGUCUUUCCGGACUGAGGUAGCCUUGGCUACCCUUCAAGAGUCGACACCUCAAGAGUCACGACGGUUGAUUGGAUUGAUCAAUGGAAACUUUGAUGGCACCUCAUACAAAGCCUCCCACAUUGCAAGCUAG